GUUAGUGUUGCUAGUAGUCGAGAAGUUGUUGCAUGAAGACAGCUAACUUAGCUCUCAAAAUAAACAUUAACGGCGGAGAGAUGAAACAAAUUCAUUCAUUCCAACGUGUUCUGAUGCAUAAAUAAUGCAUGCAACGAUUUAAUUUCUCUACUUUAGUAUCACAAGGGACGUGUCUUUAGAUAUCCCUUGCUGGAGGUCUUGUCUCGUUGCUAACGCGUAGCUAGCUCGCUACCACUGUUUCCACCGAAUACAUUUCAACGUUACGGCCAGCUAGUAAGCUGGCUAGCUAAUUGAAAAGAUUUAGCUAGCACUAUCCGACGAUACAGCAUCAAGUAUCCAGCUAUCAAUACAUGCAGUUUCGUCGUUGGUGAAUGUACAGCACAGUGAAUGUUUUUAGCUUGCUAACUAGCUAACGCUAGCCAAAUUAGCCACAACAAUGUCACAGGCGCACUGGACCAAAUUCGAAAAGGAGACCGAGGAAGAGGUGAAGAACCUGGUCAAACAGAUCAGUGGGAUUCAAGAUGAAGAAGAGCAGAACUUUCAACUGGCACUGAAAUUUACCUGGUCCAAUUUCAGGUUUCACCGUUUCCUAGAUGCCAAUAGUCAUAAAGUUCAACGCAGUGUGAAUGGGAUCUAUGAGAAACUGAUGGUACAUUCAGACCUGAGUAAAGCAGAGAGCUGGGUCAGACUGACAGAGGAGUUCCUCAACUCACCUCUACCGAACACAGAUGGAACUAAGACUCACGUUCAUCACAGUCUCCUGGACCUUCUCCUACACCUCUCAGACUCUCCCCUUAACUCCAACUACAGCGAGACACCCAGACUGAAGGAGACGAAGAAAGAAGACGACUUUGACUGGUGUGGAUAUUUACAGGAAGGAGAGCUAGACACAGGCCCAUAUCCAGACACCCCAGAGUGGUCUGAUGGAGGAGAGCGAGGCCUGAGGACACGUCAGCAGCCGCUCAGCAGGAGAGAUUCUGGGAUACAGUGGGUUUGUUGUCUUGUGGUUACAGUGGGUGAGCCUGAUGCCAGGUCCUGGUUAGAGCAACAUGUGGUUACGCCGUACUGGCAGGGCCACACUCCCCGCUUCCCUCACAGUCUCCAUCUACACUCCAACCUGCUCAACAUCUGGGACCAACACGUGUACAACACUGACCCGUUGUAUCUGCCUGAAGAGAAAGCCUUUGUCACCGAGACCCAAGUGAUCCGGGAGACACUGUGGCUGCUCUCUGGGGUGAAGAAACACUUUAUAUUCCAGCAUCAGGAUGGGAAAGUGGUGGUCAGGAAUGAUGUGGUGGUCACUCACCUGACCAACAACUGCCUACGGUCGGUGUUGGAGCACAUAGCAGUCUAUGGCCAGGCAGUGUUCCGGCUGCAGAGUUUUAUAGACGAGGUAACGGGUCACAACACUGAGCCCUGCCCUCCAGGCUCCUACUCCUCUAAGCAGAGGACCGAGCCUCCCUUCAGGACGUACCAGGCUUUCGUCUGGGCUCUCUACAAAUACUUCACCUCCUUCAAACAGGAGCUCACCACCAUAGAGAGAGACCUCAUAGGCAAAGAUGAGACGGUGACCCUAUGGACGAUGGAGACGGUGACCUGUUAUACUCUAGAUGAGACGUACCUGUUAUACUCUCUAGAUGAGAGGAUGAGAGGUGACCCUGUUAUAACCUCUGUAGAUGAGACCGGUGACCCUGUUAUACCUCUAGAUGAGACGGUGACCCUGUAUCAACCUCUUGUGGAUGAGACGAUGAACGAUGGAAGGCGUGGGGGGUACCAAGAUGGAGGCGUGGGGGGUACCAAGAUGGAGGCGUGGGGGUACCAAAUGGAGGGGGCCGUGAGGGGGUACCAAGAUGGAGGCGUGGGGGGUACCAAGAUGGAGGCGUGGGGGUACCAAGAUGGGGGCGUGGGGGUACCAAGAUGGAGGCGUGGGGUGUACCAAGAUGGAGGCGUGGGGUGUACCAAGAUGGAGGCGUGGGGUACCAAGAUGGAGGCGUGGGGGUGUACCAAGAUGGAGGCGUGGGGGGUACCAAGAGUGGAGGCUGGGGGUGGUACCAAGAUGAGGCGUGGGUACCAAGAUGGAGGCGUGGGGGUACCAAGAUGGAGGCGUGGGGGUACCAAGAUGGAGCGGGGGGUACCAGAUGGAGGCGUGGGGGGGUACCAAGAUGGAGCGGUGGGGGGUACCAAGAUGGAGGCGUGGGGGUGCCAAGAUGAGGCGUGGGGGGUGCAAGAUGGAGGCGGUGAGGGUGCCAAGAUGGAGGCGUGGUGGGGGUCAUCUAGUGUGUAUAUAUACAUCUUUGGUCCUGACCCCUACCUUGUCUGUUUCUCCCAACCCAGGAACAAGGACGUACCAGUGAAUCACAGAGACUUCUGGUACGCCACCUACACCUUGUACAGUAUCUCAGAGACGGUGGAGAGCGAGGAGAAGCUGAGUGACGCGGCCAGCGGGAGCAGCGGAGGGGAGCAGGGAUCUAGGUCUCAGCUCACCAUGGUCUCCUUCCUCAAGCCGGUCCUCAAACAGAUCAUCAUGGCUGGGAAGAGCAUGCAACUCCUCAAGAACCUGGACUGUAAAGAGGCUGAGCAGACCGAUGGCUCCACUAGAGAUGCAGAAAGGAAGAGCUUGUACACCCUUUUCCUGGAGUCUGUUCAGUCCCGCCUCCGUUGCCGGGACGACUCCCCCGUGGAUACGGUCACCGAGCAACAAGCCACUAAGCAGAGCCUGAUCAAGAUGCAGUCGAUUGUAGCUCAGCAUCUACAGAUGGACGACAUACAUGACCCUCUACUGGCCAUCAACUUCGCCAGGCUGUACCUGGAGCAGAGUGACUUCCACGAGAGGUUCUCGGGCGGUGACGUGAUCGUGGACCGUUCGUCUGAGUCGGUGACGUGUCAGACGUUUGAGCUGACGCUGCGCUCCUGCCUCUACCCGCACAUCCAGAAGAGGUACAUCGAGUGCUGUGGCAACCUCAUGACCACCCUGAAGAAGGACUACAGACUGCUGGAGUACCUCCAGGCCAUGAGGAACUACUUCCUGUUGGAGCAGGGGACACAUGUAUACUUCUAUACAGCCAUCUUUGAUAAGUCCUGGAAGAAGGAGAGCUGGCAGCCUGCGUUCCUCAACGUUCAACUGCAGGAAGCUGUGGGACAGCAGGCAGCUGACCAGAAUUCCAGGUUGUCCAUCUUCCUGGAGACGAUUGACCCAGUCAGAAAGAAACAGCCGAUUAAUAAUCUGGAUGGUUUGACCCUCAGUUACAAGGUGCCCUGGCCUGUUGACAUCGUGGUCAGCUCAGAGUGUCAGAGGAUCUACAACCAGGUGUUCCUGCUGCUGCUGCAGAUCAAAUGGGCAAAAUACAGUCUGGACACGCUGGCAUUCAGUGAUUUGACAGUAGCAGCUAAGCGGUUGGAAGGGAUACCAGAGGAGGUGAAGCCUAAAGAGCCAAUCAAUCAGCAGAUCCACAGGAUGUUUCUGCUGAGGGUCAAACUGAUGCACUUCGUCAACAGCCUUCACAACUACAUUGUGACGAGGAUUCUCCACAGCACUGGUCUGGAGUUUCAGCACCAGGUCCAGGAGGCUAAAGACCUGGACCAGCUCAUUAAGAUCCACUACAGAUACCUGUCCACUAUCCACGACCGCUGUCUGUUACGAGAAAAGGUGAGCUUUGUGAAGGAGGCGAUCAUGAAGGUUCUCAAUCUGGUCCUCAUCUUCUCAGACCGCUGGCAGGUUGGCUUUGGAGCGUGGAAGAUCGAAUCCAUUGAUAAGAUGGAAUCUGAUUUCAAGAACUGUCACAUGUUCCUGGUGACUAUACUAAACAAAGCUGUCUGCCGCGGGUCAUUUCCACACUUGGAGUCCCUUGCCCUGUCUCUGAUGGCUGGCUUGAGCAGUGUUGAGAGAAGAACAUCUCUUUCUGCCGCCCACCAGACCCUCCGCCCACCCGACACUCUGACCCCCCCGACCCACGACCUGCGCCCACCAGACCACCUGACCCCUAGACCACCAGACCCUCCGCCCACCCGACCCCCAGAUCCCUCAACCCCCAAUACCACCUGA